UGCGCGUAUUUUUUUAACCAAUCAUAUUCAAGUAUUUUAUUUCAUUCUGAUUGGUCAAAAAACAAAUUUCCUAUCAUAAUUAAUAUGAUUAUUCAAUUGAAUUGAAAUACAAAUAUUCAAGGUUAUAUAAAUAAAACAAAAAAAAGGCGUGAACUUUUAAAUUUCAAAUUUCUUUUCUUUCUUCUUUUUUUAUUUUCUCUUUUUUUUUUCUUCAUACAUUUUCAUGAACAUGAUUUAUCUAUAAUGUUUCAUUAUUGAAAGGUAUAUGUAUGUAUAUAUAGACAGAGAAGUAAACAAAGAGAUACAUUUAAAUUGAAUCGGUUGGAUACCACUAUAUGAGAAUCGUUUUCACAUAGCAACAUAGAAACUUAUUACUAUUAUUGAAUAAAUCAUGUGGAUUACUACUAAAUUCUAUCAAACCACUUAUAAACAUACUACUUAUAAUCAUAUUUUUCUUAUUCUCAUAUUAUAUUCUAUUAGAUUAAUAUGGAUUGAAGCCACUAUUGAAUCUACACAAUUAAAUGAUAAAUCCUAUACAGAUUUAAAUUGGGAAUAUGAUAUCAGAAGAUCAAAAUUAUGGUCACCUAAAACACCAUUAAAUGUAUGGCCUGAUUUUAAAUUAAUACAAGAAUGUGAUACAGAUGAUUUUAAAUUAUCAAAUACUAAUUUUAAUCAAUUAAUGAUAAUGAAUACUACUACUUAUAAUAAUAAUAAUAAUAAUCAAGAAUUAUUUGAAUGGACUAGUAUUAGUAUAUUUACUAUUGAAAGAUUAAAACGUGGUUAUAUAUUACUUGGUGGAUCAUAUAAAACGAAACCAUUCAAUUUAAGUAGUAGUACUAAUAGUAAUAAUAGUAGUAGUAUUGUAUCACCUAGACAUAAUAGUCAAAUGAUUCUUUGCCAUUUAGAUUGGAAAUCUAAUUAUGAAACAUUAUUAGGUUUUGGUUUUAAUUAUAAUGCAUGUAUAAUACUACAAUCUAAUUCUAUGAAUAGAGAUUAUAAUGAUCAUGAAUUUCUUGGUGCUACAAGUCAAUCAUUAAAAAUUAAUCAAGAUUUAAGUUUAUUUCUAUAUUGUGAUCCAUUAUGGAGAGCUAAUUCUAUUGUACCAGUUGGUAGAUGUUUUUUACAUUAUAUACAUGAUGGUGUUAUACAAUCUUAUAUAGAAUUAGCCGAUUUUUGUCAAACUGGUUUAAAAGUUACUACACCAUGUGCUGCUGGUCAUAGUAUUGCAUUAACAUACAAUAAUGAUAAUGAUAAUAAUCAUGGAAAAGGAUCCAAAUCAAUUAAUGAACACUUAUCAAAUGUUAGAUUAUGGAUUGGUCAACCAUUAUCAACUCCAUAUGGACGUAUACAAAUCUUAACUAAUCUUUAUAGUGAUUCAAUGAAAGUAACAACUAUUAAUAGACCAGAAACUACUACAAUUGAAUCUAUGCCAAUCGGCUCAUUAUUUGGUUAUGCAUUAACGGAUGGUUUUGUUACAGCACCGGGAUUACUUACUCGUGAACAAUAUAAUUAUACUUAUAUCAAUCAUUUAGUUGGUAUCAAUGUUGCAAAAUCUUAUCGAGAUAAAUUUAAUGGAUUUUAUGGUAAUAUUGAUUGGUUCCCAGAAAUCAACAGUACUGAUCCAUUCAAUGGAAAUGGUAUGUCUGUCCUUCGUGUACAUUUAAAAGGACCAUACAUUAAAAGUGUUAUCAUGGGUGCACCAUAUGCCGGUAAUACAGAUAUCAAAAAUAAUAAUGAUACUAAAGUGGAUCCUAUUCAAUCAACUGGGUAUAAUAUUGGAAGAAUCUAUUUAUUUUGUCAAUCCGAUCAAAGAAUCAAUAUCAAAUCAGAUUCCUAUAAACCAUCUACUACUAUCAUUGAUUAUUUAGAUGGUCCAAAAAAUUCUAGAAAUUUUGGUUUUGCAUUAACUAAUCUUGGUGAUUAUGAUGGUGAUGGUAAUGAUGAUGUGGCAGUUGGUUCACCAGAUUUAGAAAAUACUAUAGGUUAUAGUUAUAUUUAUUUAAUACGUAUAUUACCCAAUUGUAAAUUUGAUAGAACUCCUUUACAUAUAUUAAGGAGUCCUAAAAAUUCUCCUGAUUUUGGUGCUCAUCUUCCAUCAUAUACUGAUGAUUUAGAUUUCAAUGGUAUCAAUGAUCUAGUUGUACCGAUGUCACCAAUCAAACAAAACGGUAUAUCUGAUCAACCUAUUAUUGUUUAUGCUUCACGUUAUAAAUGGAUUGCUGAUUGUCAUUAUAUAUUUCCUCCAUGGUUAGCUAUAAGAAAUCUUUUAAAAAAUGAUUUAAUACCAAUUCAGAUCAUUAUUUAUUUUAAAGAUCCUAAAAAUAAACAAUCAAGAUCCGAUCAAACCGAUUUGAAACUAUUAAAUUCAUUACAAAUUGAUAAUUACAUUCAUCAAAUCAAUCCUGAUUGGAAUGCCACAGAUACAAAUGGACAACGUUUCCAAUUAAUGAACUCUAUUCAAUCACGUUUAGAAUUAAAACAAAAUCAAUUAAUUAUUGAUUUUAAUAUACAAGCUAAAAUCAAUAUUGAAGAUAUGAAUGAUUUAGAAUCAAUAACAGGGGGUGUUUUUAUCGGUUAUCGAUUUUUACAACCAUGUUAUGGUAAUCAAAAUGUUAUUGAUCAAAAUGGUACUUGUUUAGAUGGUGGCUGGUUAAAACGUCCAUUUAUUGAUUGGUCAAAAUGUUUGGCAAAAAUUCCAUUAUCACGUUAUGUAUGUUAUCCAACUCCAGUUUGUAAAAGUGAUGUAGUUCUACGGGUGAAGGAUAUACAAUCCAAUAAAGUCAUGGCUUUUCAAUAUAUACAUGAUAAACAGAAAUCAAUAUCUAUAUUGAAUCAAAGUGAUACUAUUCAGUAUCCCUUAACAACUACAGUAGAUCUUGAAUAUGGUAAUCGAAAUAGUUCUAGACCACAAUUACAAAUAGAAAUAUACAAUUAUGGACCAACAAAAGCACAAGGUAUACGAAUGGAAUUACAAUUUCAUGGUAAUUUAAAAUUUUCACGACUUGAAUUAGAAGUGGACAGUUCAAAUACAGAUAGUACCAGUCGUCAUUCAGAAGUAUUAAUGGUAGAAGUUUCUGAAAAUGAAACAUGGGUACAUUGUCCUAUUGGUACUUUACUACCACCAAUCAUUCUUUCAAAUAGUGAUAAAGAAAUUAUUGAACCGAAUCAACGAUUUAUUCUAUCUACAUAUUAUGAUAAAUUUAUGUUAGAUGAUGAUCAAGUUGAUUUUCAACUUGGUGCUGGUGUUACAAUUAAUGUCAUCACUGGAACACCAGAUCCUCAACCAAUUAGUAAUUCUAUACGUUUUAAUUAUCAAGUUAUUCAUCGACCUAAUAUACGUAUCUCAUAUGGUCCUGGUGAAAUACCAAGUAGAAUGGAUAAUCGAUCAGUGCCAUCAAAAUCUAUGCUUAGUCAACAAAAACGUGUCAUUGUCUCUGAGAUUGGUCCAAAAGUUGAACAUAUCCUACAAAUAGAAUAUAUGGGACCAUCGAAUAAAUUAAAAAAUGUUACAAUGAAUGUUUUAGUCCCAAUUGAAUUAGAUUCAAUGGAUAAAAUUGGUAAUGCACCACAAUAUGUAUUGUAUAUGUUUAAUGAAAUACGUGCACCAUCAUAUAAUGAUAAUUAUGUACUUGAAUGGAUUGAUUCAAGACCUAAAGUAUUUGCUAUGGGCAGACAUCAAAAUGAUGGUAGUAAUUUUAGAAAUGAUGAUGGUGAUGAUAUGAGUAAAGUUGGAAGUUGUAUAAUAGUGAAUAGUGAGAAAGUAGUUAAUCCACGUGAACUUAUUCCAAUGGAUGUGAACACAGUUUAUUCACGAAAACGUCGUGGUGUUUUAACAAAAGCACAUGAAACUGAAAUCAAUAUAGAGAAAUCUUUUAUGAAUAAUGAUAAAGAAUCAUUUACAGAAGAUUCGAUUGAAACAAUCCAAUCGUCGUCAUCAUCAUCGUCAUCAUCUCCAAAAAUUCCUGUUAUACAAUUUCGACGAUUACAAAAAGAGGUAUUUGAAUGUAAUCGUGUUGGGAAUCGAAUACAAAAACCACCAAUAUGUGCAGAGAUUAUUUGUCAUGUUGAUGAAUUAGUUAAAAAUCGUCCUGUUUUAAUUAAAGUUACUGGAUGGUUAUGGGCACGUACUCUGUUUGCAAAACAUAUAUCAGAUGUUGAUCUUGUCACAAUCAUAUCUGUCAAUCAAGGUAGUAUACCAAAAGGUGUCCAACCAGCUAAUGAACCAAUUGGACAUUUUUAUUUAUCUCAAACAUUUUUCUUCCCACAAAUUCGACCGAAAUUAAUUCAUCAAUUACCUAUAUGGCCAAUUAUUGUUGGUAUUAUAUUAGGUGUAUUAUUUUUAUAUCUGUUAAUUAUUCUACUAUAUCUAUUAGGAUUCUUUCGUCGACGUAAAACUGAAUUACGUAAAGCAAUGCUUAGUAAGGGGGGAGCUGAAGACACUUAUAAACAUGAACAAACGGAACUUCUUUUAAAUGAUCAAAAUAAAUCAAAACAAGGUGUUACUAUAAAGAAUAAUAAUUAUCACCCCCCUGAUGGUUACACCACCAAUGUUACACCAUCUAAUAAAAAUAAAAAAUUAAAAAAGAAACAUAAACGUGAAUUGAAUAUUUUACAUCCUGGUGAUUUAUCACCAUCUGGUACAUUAAUUAAUACUUGUCAGGAUCAAGAUCAGGAUCAUCAGGAUCAAGAUCAUCGGGAUCAAGAUCAUCAUCAUGAUGAACAACAGAAUAAAGAUGGAUCUGAAAAACAAAAUUUAAUUACAGAUUCUACUUCAUCACAAUAAAAAUGUAUUUUGUUGUUGUUUUUUUCUUCUUAUGAAUGUAUGUGUAUUUUGUAUGAGUGUGAAUCCAGUCAGUAUCUAUGAAGUUGAUGUUCAGAAUCUAUUCUUAUUAUUAUUAUAAUCAGUUUAUGGGUUUGUCUUCCUUUUUCAAAAUGUAUAAAUCUAUAUAUUGUAUUGUGAUACAUCUAUAGCAAUCAGCUUGUUGUCUAUACAUCUCCACUAUAUGCACAUUUAUAUAUAUAUAUAAGAUAAGAUUUCAUUUGACUCUUUUGUUAUGAUGAUCCAAUGUCAAAUCACGUUGAUUGAUUAUCUGACUUGACACAUUUCGUUCUUCACUUCACUCACUUGCCUUCUGUUAUUCUCUUGUGGAUAUGUUUCAUAAUGCAUAAUUAAUUACUUAUACCUAUUACUCGUCAUGGAGCAUAGGUCACCGACUAGCAUUCUCCAAUCCACUCUGUGUUUGGGCCUUCUUUUCUAGUUCUAUCCAUAUUCAUAAUACAUAGGUAAAAUGUUUAUAGUUCUUCUUCCUCAUUUUUUUUCAUAGCAACAUAUAUAUAUUUAUUCAUCACUGAUAUUAACCUCUCUCUUUCUCAUAGGUGUUACCGAUAAGAUUGUUUCUUUUCUACUUUUUUUUCUUUUUCCAAACUACAAACAAGUGAGAUGAUGAAUAUAACGACAGAGAGUAAGAGAGAGAUAUUCGCUUUUUGUUGUUAUCCUUGUUAUUAGUUCUAUACUGUUCUGCUCUAUUUUGUUGAAAUUAGCUACUUUUUUUGGCUUAAUUUGUUUUCUUGUUUCAAUAAGAUUUCAUUCGACUCUUUUGUUACGAUGAUCCAAUGUCAGAUCACGUUGAUUGAUUGAUUGAUUCACUUGACUGAUUAACUGACUUGACAAACUUAAUUCUUCACUUCAUUUGACUUGGCUUGACUUUUGUUGUUCUCUUGUGGAUAUGUUACAUAAUACAUAGGUAAAAUGUUUAUAGUUCUUCUUCCUCAUUUUUUUUCAUAGCAACAUAUAUUUAUUCAUCACUGAUAUUAACCUCACUCUCUCUUACACACUCUACACACUUUACUCUACUGUUUCUAAUAAAACUACAGUUGGAAAUAGUUGUCAGCGAUAAAAUGGUUUCUUACAAGUGACAUAAUGAAUAUAGAGAUAGAGACAGAGAAAGAGAGAGAGAGAGGGAUCUGAAUUCUGUUGUUAUCCUUGUUAUUAGUUCUAUACUGUCCUGCUCUGUUUUGUUUAAAUCAGCUUUUCUAUUUUAGCUUAAUUUAUUUUCUUGUCUCAAUAUUUUAAUGAAUAUAAUAAAUAUAAUUGAUAUUAAUGGUGACAGUAUGAUGAAUUUGGAAGAAGAAGAUGAUGAAGGUGAAGAAGAAGAAGAUCAUGGAGGAACAAGAAGAAGAAGAGACCAAGUCAUGGUAACAGCGAUUGUCAUAUGGUUAUUGAAAUCAAUCAUAUCCAAACUUGUUCAUUCAUAUUUAAUAAUUAAUAAAAUGAUUUACUUUUAAAAAACAAACAGAUAGAUAGAUAAACAGACAGAUAGAUAGAUAGACAGAUAGACAGACAGACAGACAAACAGACAGAUAGACAUACAAACCUAUAUAUUUAUACACAAUACAUCAACAUUUAUAUUUUCUAAAUCUUAUAUUUAUGCCUAAAUGUACUACAAUGAUUGAUUAUGUGAAUGAUAUUAGACAAUUUUUGUAGUUGAGUAUAUGUACUAUCUCUCUCUCUUUCGUUCUCUGUAUUCAACUAUUUUCUAUGGUAACAAAAUGAAAUUAAAUGGAUGUUUGUUCUAAUGAACUUUUGAUU